CACAGAGCUGUGUGUGCGUCCUGAGGACGUCUUUGCUGGCGUGCACGUCGCUGUCAUGGCAACGGAAAACCUCCAUACCACAGGACACCUGAAGGAGCCGGCUCCCCUUCUCCGGGUUACUGCCUCUGUUUACACUCAACCCAGUGUGUUAAAUGUCAGCAGGGGCCUCUCUUUAAAAAUGUCAGUGUGUGUUUUAUAAGACGAACCUCUAACCACCAGAAACUGCAUUGGUUUUGGUCAAUUUUUGCUGUUUUUCCUCCUAAAUUCUGACCCAAACAUCCUCAAGUCAACAAAGAGAUGAGCCCCAAGAGGAAAAACACAAGCAGCGGUGUGAUCACCUUCCACACACCUGUUCCUCUCAGCCUGUUGAAAUCAGAGGAGUUCAGAGCAGAUAUGAAGGACACUUCAGAGAGCAGAAAGAGCCCGUCUCAGCUGAGUGCCAGGAGGAGGACAGGGAGUAAAUGUAUAAGAGCAGAAAAAAGGGAUGAGGCCUCACGCUCUGGGACACAGCCGGGCAGCAGACAGCAUCAGCUCUCCCACACCUCCCUCAGACGACUGCAGGCGAAGAUGGAGGCUGAAAAUCAACAGGCGAAAGAAAUAAUCCAGCCUUUACUGGAUGCAGAAAAUGGUUUUGUGAAGUUGGAGAGGUUUCUGAGCCAACGGGAUGUGGCAGAGCUGAGGAGGAGGGAACUGCAGCACAAGCGCUGGACUGAGCGUGUAUGGUUUCCCCUUCAGAGGAAGGUGGAGGAACAUGUGUCCAGCUGUAGCCCUGUGGAGGCCAAGAGGCGUCAAAGCUUAUACAGUCACUACCUCCAUCACUGCAACACCAAGGGCUUUGUGUUUCUCGAAACCUAUAAUCCAAAGGAAUACAACCCUUUUCUUCUCAACAUCAAACAGCCGCACUACUUCAAGCUCAGUACAGCUGAUUCAAAGGAGCCAUUGUACCGUCAGUUACAUGAAAGACCGAAGCAAAAGACAACAGCCCAUUCUUGUGAAGCAGGAUGUAAAUAUGAGCUACUCCAGAGUAAUCGUCCUCUUAGUGAGUCUGUGUCGUCUCAGGCAGACACACUCCUGCUGGCCUCGUCUAAUUAUGUUUCUGCAUCCGGAAAAACUCCAGUGAAGAAUAAGACCGAAGGAAGGAAGUCCAGCAGGCUCGACACCAUCCCACUCCACAUCAGGGCGACUGCUACACCAGAUGGAAGGUGCCAUCAGGCCGGCUGCUUUUUUUCCAGAUGUGAAGGUCGGCAGCAACCAACAGGUUUACAUCAGUCCCUGCCUCCAUCCAAAUAAAAUCAACAUUUACUGUAAAUCUUGACUUCUAUUCACUUCUACCUACCUCACAGAUUUUCAAUGUAUUAUACUUGAUACAUUAACCCACGACAA